UUGGACCCCUCCACCUCCAUGAGAGUGUCUCAUGUCAGAGGAGGAAUGUUCAUACAAUGAGGCUCUGUGUAUUGUAGUUCCGCUGUAGCCUCGGUGCACCACACGGACAAACGCUUGUCAAUGGACUACUGGAGACUGAUCUCAACCGGUUUACGCAGCGGAUCCCCGCGUCUCGCCUGCCUGCUUUUUCUCUUCUAAUUUGCAACCAGAUCCUUUUUCUCCGGAUGGAAAGAGAAGAGAGAGACACAGAGAAAGGACUCAAAGCGAAACAAAAAUGCCGUGAGUCUUGAAGUUUAGUGGCUUUUGUGUGUCGGUACAUUCUCCUGUUUUACCGACCGAUCGCUCACUUUGUAUUUCUAGUGUCCAGUGUUACUCUGUACCGGACUAAGUGUGGCACAUUCUGAGAUAAAGUGAGAUAUGACAUCGUGCCAGGGAUCUAGCCGUCGGUGGAACUGAAGUUGUGCGUGCUAUGGUUUAGAAUCAUCCGAGGGAUUCACAUUGAAUCUCAUUUAGAUCUGUGAGCAGAGGUCGAGUCGUUAAGCAAGAGUGGAUUCAUCCCAGCUGUGGAUCCUCAACUGUUGGUAAAUCAUUUCAGUUUUUAAUUAGAAGCUGACAUAGUAACACCCCAGAGGAAGCGAGCACUAAUACAGAUCUGCAACGCUGGGACUUUUGAACGCCUCUGUGGAACCUAGUGUGAGUUAUCUUACUUUAGAGGCUAGUGACUUUCAAUCUUUCACAUCACUUUAACAUUCCUAUCAGUUUGAGGAGAUAAUUGUGCAACUUAUCUUUCAACAAAUCUCAUAAGGCUGCAUCCUAAUUCUCUGAAGUGACUUGGUGCGUGCAGUGGUCUGUUUUUCUUUCCACAUGGGAUCCUAGCUGAGUCCCAAAGUCUAGUUUCCUUCCAUGCCUAAACACUGUGGUCCAUUAGCAGCUCAGUGGACCUCAGUCUCUACCAACUAGUCUGGGACCUGCGGGCAUGGGAGAGGCGACCCCUGCUCAGUCUGCUGCAGGGGCAUUCGGACCCAUGUUGGGUGUGGGUUUAGGGGCUCUGCCCGGCGGGGGGGUCGGUACCGGGCCGGUGGUCAACACCUCCAGAGGCUCCGCGGUGCCACAGCUGCACAAUGCCAUAGUUGAGCGUCUGCGCGCCCGCAUCGAGCUGUGCAGGAGGCACCACUCCACCUGCGAGAACCGCUACCAGAGGGGGCAGGCCGAGACCUCGGACCGGGAGCACGAGAGCACGCUUCACCUGCUCAACAUAGUCCACCAAGGGCCUGGGAACCGAAAGGCAAAGGGCAGCCGGGGAUCGAACCAGCAACCUCCAGAGUACAGCAGGGCCAACGGAGAGCAGAAGGGCGCAGAGGGCGAGCAGAAGAUCAACACGCGCAUAGCGCUUCAAGGAUCUUUGCGAAGGAAGAUUGAGGGACAUGCACCAGGACAUGCACCGAAGCAGAAUGGGCUCUCGUGUGGUUUCUCUGGAUCAGACUUUAAGCGGGUCCGUGUGGAUACCGGUAGUCUGGGACAGGGGCCCUGCAAUCAUAACAUAAACCAGUCUCUGCAAGGGUCCUCAACCAUGGGCAUGCAGAGGAAGAAUUACAUGAUGCCCCAUGGAGUGGGGUCAGACAUAUUCAACAUGACCCUGAAAGAAAUGAAAAAAGAGCCCAUUGAGGUCCAGUCCUGUGGCCAGUCAAAUGCAGACAUGAUUUUUGACUUCAAAGAUGAAGGUGGUGGUCAGAUUGACCCAGACCUCCAGGAUCUUUUUGAUGAGCUGACAAAGACAGUGCCGACGCUGAAUGACCUGGAGUUUGAGAAGAUGCUGAAGCAGGAUGAUGCGUUUGGUUUGGAUAUGGGCCGGCCCAGCUCAGCUGGAGCAGCUGCCAGUCUGUGUCCCCUACUGGAUAAGCCCAUAAAGUUGGAGCACUCCCCAGAUUUUGGCCAGGUUCACUGUUGCUCGCCACAGCUUCGACCGGCCUCGGCGGGACCCUCUUUCACGUUGACCAGCACCUCUUCUACUACCACGUCGCAGAAAGCUAACGCUCCCAGAGGCCUGCCCUGCUGGCCGGAGAUAUCCCACGCAGAGCAGCUGAAGCAGAUGGCAGCGAACCAGCAGCAGCCGAGCUCUCUGCUCCAUCACCACCACCAAACACCACCUGCAGGAUUGACCAACUGGGCUCCCGCCAUGAGCACCCACUCCUCCACCAGCGCCUUCCCCCAGGACAAGGUCCCCAGCCCGGCCCCGCUUAGCCAGCAGAGGAUUGGCACUCAGAGUAAAGGGAUCAACAACUGCCUCUUCAAGUCAAACGGCCACAACGGCUCCCAUCAUUUGGACAUGAAGGUUCUCAGCACCAAGCCCACAUUGCACUUCAGCCCCAAAGCACCCAGCCAGCCGAUGCCUAUCAUGACAAGCUCAGUGAACAAGACUUCAGCCCAGCAGCAACAACAGCAACAGUCGCCAUCGACUGGCCAGAAUCAGCCACAUCCAGCUCUCCACUUCCAGAACCAACAGAUCUCCACGCCGGGGGCUCUUUGCCUGCAGCCCAAGUCACUUCCCGCAGGGCUGCCGUUCAAACUGUCACAACAGCGACAGGGUGUUCCUCCUGGCCCGAGGCUGCCCACCAAUGGAGGCUUAGGAGUCCUGUCGGCCCAGUCGCAGCCACGACUCCCAGCACCCAACAACCAGCAGAAGGGCCCGGUCAAAACUCAGGCCAUGCAGAGAGCGCUUAAUCAACAACAGCACACCAUUGGCAAUCCAGACAAAGAAAGUGCUCAGGAUCAGUUCAAUCGUCAUCUCACGAGACCGCCGCCUGACUACAAGCAGUCUAGAAGUAUGGUGGGAGUUCAGCAAGGAAACAUCUUCACAGGUCAAAACUCCUCCCAGUCUUCCAGCAACGGCCCUGAGAAUGACCUACAGUCCAUGUCGUGUCACCUCCCGAGUGGGUCUGGUCCAAAGAUGAGUCCUUCACCGUCAGACCGCAGAUUUGGCAUCGGGACCGAUUGUCGUCCGAGUCCUUGCAUCGGUCAGUUCCAGCAUCCUAACAAUCAGAAUCGAAUUGGACUAAAUCAAAAUAAAGCUCGGUUCCUGGGGCCUAACGCACAUGGAAAUUCUUUCGGGAUGAACAAUGUAGCAGGUGUACAACACCCGAGAACGACAGCUGACCUGCAUUCCUCGGGGGUACCGGGACAGGGUCUCGGAGGCUUGAUGAAAAAUCAUCAAGUCAACAUGGGCUGGGGCUCAGCCAACAAGCAAGUGACAACUGGACUCGGUGUUAGGCGGAUACCCAAUCCACUACAGUCUGCGGGUGCGCAGCUGGACAUGCCAAACCACCCGUACCAACAGAGGCACAUCGGCCCUCCCAACCAGGUAGCACCAGACAUUGGGAUGCUCCCUCAUAACCCCUCGAUAAGAGACACAGGCCCCAGACCAAGCCAGCCGAUGAUGGGAUCUCCGUCAGCGGUGGGGAACCUGAACCAGGCCUCUCCUGAACAGAGGGUACCAGCAGGCAACUUUGCAGAGCCCAGUCCCAGCCCUAGCAGCUACCAGAAUAACCGGGCCAACCGACUGACCUUUGACUUCCUCCCCGAGGGAGACAACACAGUUCCAGGGAUCAACACGGACUCAGACUUCAUAGACUCUCUGCUCAAGUCUGGCUCUGGGAACGACGAUUGGAUGAAAGAUAUAAAUUUGGAUGAGAUUCUGGGCAGUCACUCUUGAAUUUGGGUCACAGAUUGCUAAAAAUCAACCCGCUGCUCAAAGUAUAGAGGUUAUGGAUGUAAGGGGUAACAUUUGUAAAUAAUGUUAAAAUGGAAUUUUAUAAACUCAUAUUAUUUGUUAUCCAAGUAUACUGUAUUGUUUUGUAUUGUAUUUACUGUGAAAGGAAUUUGUGUUCUGUCCUUAGUACUCUGCAUAUUUUACUCCUGGUAUAUCGGCCAAGAAACUACUUUUUCUUCGUAGUCACUGUUUUUGUCAUUUGUUUGUCAUACUCAUGCUGUAGUGCUGUCGUAUAGGAUAAAUUACCAAAUUCACACUGUGAAAAGAAAACAUUGCUGUGUUGCUUUCAAGGUCAUCUUGAUAUUCCAAGUUAAGUUUCUAGAUCUGCAUCCACUAUUUAGCAUGAUACGGUAUUUACCUUCAGACGUUUUGCUACCAUACACACAGAGAAUCUCGCCACAACAAAUGUUUUCUUACUUAUUGUUCAAGCUUUUUCAUCUGUGGUAGUUUUUGAUGCAAUUUAAGUAAUGUAACCAUUCUUUUUUUUUCUAUGUGAUAUUUAAUAAUUAUUGGGAUAGUAAUGAGACAUUAUAAUACAUGUAAUUAAUGAAAUUGAUUUGAA